GGUUUAGUGCAUGUUUAGUGCGGGUAUACGUUGUCCAUCAUUUUCAAGUAAUAACGUUUAACUAUUUAUUUACGCGGUAUAUCGCGAUACAUGGUAUCUUGUGCAAGACAGUGUGUUACAAUCGAUAAUUAAUUAUCGUCUAUGAUAUAUAGGAUAAUUCGGCAAACGCUAGAACGAUCUAUGACUUAUGGACCUACGUUUCUCCGGAGUCUCUCUUUUGCUACCUCAUAAAUUGUUUACUUGUUGCUCCACGCUGCUUUGCGAUUAAGCAGAGCCUCGUAGAACGUGCCACCCGCGCUAGGAAUACAAUUUCCUUUUCAGGAAUCGUCCGCGGCAUCGGAUGGACGUGAUGCAUCUUUUGUAGAAGCAUUUGCGUGUUUUAUAACCUGACAACGCGUACCGAGUUACUCUUUCUUUAUCAUGUUACUACGUCUUUGACAAAGUAUAUUAAGCGGUCUCAUCGUCGUGGUCCAACCGUCGUUCAAUGAAUGUCAAAAUGUGGUCUUCACAAGGCAACAAUUCGAAUGCAAAUGCUGCAUCAAAAGAAGAAAAGAAUCUACGUACAUUGGGCAUGACAUCUGCUAUCAGUGUAGCAGAACCAAAGCCAAGUGAUCUUACUAGAACAAAUGAACUAAAAGAAGCGUUGAAGCCGUAUAAUGUGUUUGAAUCUGAAGAAGAGUUAAAUCACAGAAUGGAAAUUUUAAGUAAAUUAAAUACGUUGGUGAAACAAUGGAUACGGGACACAAGUAUCGCCAGAAAUAUGCCACCCAACGUUGCUGAACAAGUGGGCGGUAAAAUAUACACUUUCGGUUCAUACAGGUUAGGGGUACAUCACAAAGGUGCUGAUAUCGAUGCUCUAUGUGUUGUACCGCGUCACAUCUAUAGGUCGGAUUACUUUACGUCCUUUUUUGAAUUACUCAAAAUGCAAGAAGAAGUUACAGAUUUAAGGGCAGUGGAAGAAGCUUUUGUUCCAGUGAUAAAGAUGAAUUUUGAUGGUAUCGAAAUCGAUAUGUUAUUUGCUAAACUGGCACUUAAAGAAAUCCCGGAUUCAAUGGAUCUUAGAGACGAUAUGCUUCUUAAAAAUCUCGAUCAGAAAUGUGUGAGGAGUCUUAAUGGUUGCAGAGUAACGGAUGAAAUUUUACGUCUAGUACCUAAUAUAGAGAAUUUUAGGUUGGCUCUUAGAGCCAUUAAACUGUGGGCAAAACGACAUGGUAUAUAUAGUAAUGUAUUAGGAUAUUUAGGAGGUGUGUCUUGGGCAAUGUUAGUUGCAAGAACAUGUCAACUUUAUCCUAAUGCGGUCGCAGCUACAUUAAUAGAGAAAUUUUUCCUCGUAUUUUCUCAAUGGAAAUGGCCACAACCAGUACUUUUGAAGCAACCUGACACUGUUAAUCUAGGUUUCCCGGUUUGGGAUCCAAGAGUAAAUAUAUCAGAUAGGUAUCAUUUGAUGCCAAUAAUCACGCCUGCAUAUCCCCAACAAAAUUCAACGUUUAAUGUAUCGGUAUCAACGAGAACUAUUAUGCAAGAUGCAUUCGAAACUGGUUUAUCGACAACAGAAGAAAUUAUCAUGGGAAAAGCAACGUGGGAUAAAUUAUUCGAACCUCCAAACUUCUUUGGCAAAUAUAAACAUUAUAUUGUAUUAUUGGCUAGAAGUUUGACGCCGGAAGAUCAGCUUGAAUGGUGCGGGCUUGUCGAGUCAAAAAUACGGCAUUUGAUAGGUACGCUGGAGAGGAAUCCUCACAUUACAUUGGCACAUGUAAAUCCGGAAGCGUUCCCACCAUUAGAACCAGAGCCAGAGGGUCACUGUUCUAUGUGGUUUAUUGGACUAUUAUUCGCCAAAAGCGAAAAUUUAAACGUUGAUCUAACAUAUGAUAUUAAAUCCUUCGUUGACUCGAUUCAAAGACAAGCGGAACAAUUGAGUAUGUUAAAAGACGGCAUGUGGAUCGAAGCGAAGCAUGUUAAAAGGAAGGAUCUACAUACUUACGUAUCUCCCAGUUUGCUCAGACGAGAAAGAAAAGUUUCUGUCAGUGUGCAUAAAAAUGGAAAUAUUGCUGGAAAUGGUAACAGCGGCAGUGUUUCCCCACGUAAUCAAGAUGCAGCGAACAGGAAGAGAUUGUCGGAUCAGAAUCCAGACCCGUGCGGAAAAAAGCGAAAAGUUAAUGAUGCCGAGCAACCAGUGACACAGGGAGAGGACGGGUCUUUGGUGGUUCAGUCUUGCGGAGAAGAUAGCAAUUCCGGAUUUAGCUUGGAUGAAUACAAGCAAUCGUUGACAGCUACUAAGGAUGUAAGACAUUGUACAUAUAAUGAACAAUAAUCAACGUAGUCCAAAAUUAGGAGGUGCCUACUGGUGCAUCUACAGUAGCACAGGAAGGAUAUGUUUGCACUUGACCACUACAGGAUUACUACCUCACAUCGAUCCGCAGAUGCUCUGGGCCAUCUAGGCUGUAAUCACUUCUCAUGCAACCAUCCACUGCCCACUGUAAGUCCCCCGUUUCGUAAAAACAAAGCAGCGUCAUGCGUUGAAGAGAGCUACCCGUUGGAGUCGAUUGCUGCACGACUGUGCAAUAGACGCUCUGAUUUUAAUAUUUAUGAGCAACAUCAACAGUCAAUGGAAGCAGUCAUGCUACAAAACCAACGUUUGUGCCAGUGUCUGUGAUGUCAUCAUUGUCAUUUCCUUUUUAAAUCAGAUACCGCUCUAAUGACUUGGGAGAUUCGUGGUCGACAGUCUAGAAGUAAUAGAAUUUAAAAACCAUCACUUCGUAUCUCGAAGGUUCAUAAUUUUAUUUUUAUAUUUCAUUUUGUAUAUAUCGCUUAUGAUAAUUUUUAUCUACGAAAUUAUUAAAAAAAGAAAAAAGAAAAUACGUAAAAAGAGGGAAGAGGAGUAAAGAUGAAAGAGACAGGCUAGCGGGUCUGGAGAAUGUAUCGUAUUGUCAUAUUAGAGUGUGAAUACAGUACGGUAUUUUGGUUAUAAGUUUGUAUUAGGGUAUUUUUCAGAUAAAUGAAAAGAAAAAAGGAGAGAAAAAAUAUUAAUGUUUCGAUAUUAACGACGAUGAAACGUAUUCUUGUAUAAAACGCAUUUCUUUAAUGCAUAAGUGGAUACAAAAAAGUACGUUUAAGUUGUAAAUAUUUUGUGCAAAGUUUUGCUACUUUCGUCUCGAUAUAAGUUACACAAAACAAUCUGUCUGUUUAAGUUGUAAUCGUAACAUGAUAUAGCGAUUUAGUCAUUUAUAGAAAGAUAUUUAUAUAUCCUUAUCUAAUACAUAUUAAUUUAUAUUAUCGUGCUAAACGGAUGUCUUAAGAAUUCUCAGUUGCUGAAACGAGCUCAAUUUUCAUGAAUACGAUAUUGUUUAAUUUUCGAGUAGAGGAUUGAACAUUCGUUUUUCUCUUUCUUUUUGGUUUCAUUUCUUUUAGGGUAACCAUUUUGAUAACGAACAAAAAUCACCGGCACUGGCAUAAGAAAUUUGGAUGUUUCAUUUAUAGAAUAAACGGAUUAUCAAGUUAGGCACUAUUGGUCAUUCGUUAGAAAAUAUCUCUAAAUGAAACAUCCGUAUACAAGCCAUUGACUAUCUUUGUUGACCAUCGUGUUACGUAAGAAAUGAGUUUCGUAUGGAAAGCCAGUUUUUAGUUUUUAUUCACAGAAAAACGAAGUUAUAGCUUUAACAAUGCAACACAGGACUGGCGUCUGGAUUAUUCAGAUCAUCUACAUAUCACCUGUUGGUGAGUUUUUUCAGGUGUUCGACUGCUUUCGGUCCCCCUUCACUUUAAAAUUCUAUCCUGUCAUGUUUCCUCCGACUCUGCCUUUUUAUCAUACCAUAUUUUUCCUUCAUUAAUCAUCAUUGUGUUAAAGGCAUGUCGGUUAUAACGAGCGAGGUAUUUGAUGUUCACUCUUUAAUAAUUAUAUGAAUAUAAAUAUCGAUAUGUACAUUGAAACGUACAGUCUUAUUAUAGUCUGGAACUAAGUAUUUGCAGAGUGACCAUUUCAUAAGUCAACACAAUUAUUAUUUGCCUAGAUGUUAAGUUUACAAGUUUCUUUCGAAAAUCUGUUCGGUGUGCGAUCGAGAUUUGUUACGAUACUCUGCGAAUAUUGUAGUUAUUUCUGUUCGGUGCUUAAGGACCAUUUCGUUUUCUGUAAAUAUUUGCGCUCCUGGUGUAGCAUAUACUUUCCUUUGUAUAGGUUUUCUUCGUUCGCGAAGUUUUAUUUUGCGCCAAUUGAUGUGUACAAUUGCCAAAUUAUGACUUAGGAAACGAUUUUUCCCUUCUUCCUUAUUUCGUUGUAAUCAAACUAAAUUCGUGUAUGAUGGACGAGCGUUAUGUCAGCGUAUUCGUGUAUUUAUCGUUAAUUUUAUCAGUCUACGAUUCUUGUGAUAUGAACAAAUUUCUAUAGUACGAAAUAAAAUGUAUUGGUUCGAUAUUCAUCAAAGUUCUAGAAUUUUACGCAUAUACCGAGACUUUCAAGCCUUGAAUAAUAAUUUUUCUUACAGAAAGAAAUUGAUGAUUCGUUGUACUUUCAAUCGUGUAAAGAGAAUAUUACUUAUUCUACCUUACAUGUAUGCACUUUACCUUACAUGUAUGCACUUACCUUGGUUACGUUUUUUUUCUAGUAAAAGAACAAGUUAUGUUCCUCUUUCUUUUUUUUCUUCGAGAAAUUUAAGGAUGACCUGAUAAUGUGCAAUACGUAAUUUUUUAAAAACGUUUGACUGAGUUUUUAGUCAUUAGGAGUCUAAAACGUAUUGGCUAAUCGGAAAGACGAAAGUUACGAUUGUAGAAGGAAUAUUUUUGUUUGAAAAAUACAUGGUUUGUAAAAUUGAGAGCAUAUAAAGUAAAAAAAUUUAGGACUGCAUAUACAAUAAGCUCGAUUUGUAUUUUUCCCAACAAAAUUGUAUCUUUGAUCGGAACUUUUCGUUUAUUAAUACACAUAUAGUUCUGUUUUUAAACUAUUUUCUAAAGUUUGAAUGACAUAGUAAGAGUAAAUGAAAACAGCGAAGAUAUGACCAUUUUUUUAAUAGAUAAUUAUCAUGUCACGUUAACAGAUCUUACAAAAACAUUUCAAAGUAUACGGAUAUUUUUCAAACAGUCCAAACUUCCUCUAUGACUAUCUUCGUUCGAGUUAAUUGUCGCAUUUUUCAAGAUUCCGCAGGAAUUCUAGAUUUAUUAUCCUACUGCUUUUCCUGAUGUGUAUUAACGUUGUGAUUAAAAACGCUGUACUGUCAUAAUACAACUAAUUUACUUAUCCAUAUAGGUUGUAUCAUUAGUAAGCUGCUAUUGUCAUUGAUAUUGUUAUUGUUAUUAUUAUUAUUAUUAUAAUUUUUUAAUAUGGAUGUAACGUAUACGCAAAUAACAGCUAAAGGCACGUCAUAAAAGUCCAAUGCUGCUUGCAAAACGAUAUCUAAACAAUCUGGAUAGUAUAUCUUUGAUUACUGGAUCUGGACACUACUAUUCCAGGCGGAUCAAUGUAUCAUAUAAGUAGUGAACAUCAAACAUUAUCCUUGCACGAACUUAGAAUAAGUCUAGAACGAGUAGGUUGUUCCUUCGUUAUUUGGAAAGAAACAGAAUGAGAUCCAUGCAUUGUUCAUUUACCUAUUCCUUUUUUUUUUUUUAAUUCGAGGCGUCAGACAUGUCUAUAACACACAUAUUUUCCCGACUCAUACUCCAGAACGUCGUAUCGUUCGUCCGUUACAACGUUUUGGAGUCAAAAGUAAAACAUAAACGGAAUGUAAACUAAGAAACGAAACGGUGAACAUCGUCCGUGACACACCUCCCUCUUGUACAAUAAAAGCAAAUAAAAAAAAACAAGAAAACCAAAAAGUUGAUAGAAAUUUGCUGAAGGCAAGAUCACUUAUCGUUUAGGAACAAAUAUCACGGUAAUUUCGAAGAUUUCGUGUCGCGAUCUGUUCGUUGCGUCGAGCUUAGAAGUCGGUCGUUGUCCUGUAUUAUAAUCCCCUUUCUCUCUUUAUCUCUCUAAUCUCUCUAAUAGAACGCGAAAUCGAACAAGACGUUUAAUGGACACUCGCCACCGUUAAUUAAGACAUGUGUACACACGCUCACGCAUAAAGAUACAAAAGCAGAGAGAAUACAGAAUUUCGUACACGGUACACACCUGGCAUACCCACACAGGACACACGCAUAUUCACAUAUUUACACACAUGAGAGGACUGCGUGUACAGACGCACGAUUUUAUAUGGAACACAACUAUUACGGAAGAGAGUAAUCGCGAAUGCAUUUACGAAGUUACGUGUCAACGUGUGAACGCAUGAAUCAUUUGUGUGAAUGAGCGAAAAAUUAAAGGAAAAUAAACAGCAUCGAAUACAUUACCAUGUGUUUAUAUGAUUAUACAUCGAACACAAGUUGUAUCGCGAUACACCGGGACACGGUCCUCUUCAUAAAAUGUCUUCGUGUAGUACAUAUGGUCGUGCAAAGUGGUAUGGAUUCCAUUCUUAGUCAACAAGUCAUGAAUUUAUCUUGGGCUCUCGAUUUACUGGAAAAGUACAGAAGCUACAAUAAUUAAUCAAUCGCCUUUAUUAAAGUUCCUUAUUUUUUCUUUUCUAUUUUAUUAUGAAUAUUGGAGUGCUUUCAAUUUUUCCUGAUAACAGACAUGAUGCAGAUAAUUUUUCCUGUUUAAGAUAAAGAUUUUCUUCAUUUUAUAUAAGUACAACAUUUUCUUUAAAAUACUUAUGUAGAUACAGACAUGUACAGGAAUAACUCAUUUUAUCGCAACUUGAUUGGAAAAUUUGAUAGCACAUCGUAAAGUACUUUUCGACGAAUUUUAUUGCUAAGAAUACGUUCCAUACCAUUGUGCACCAAGCGAUCAAAUCAUCGUUCUGUUUUACUGGUCCCGCGAUCGUGUGUUCGAUUAUAUGUACGGCUCAUUAUAAAAAUCCGAAACCGCGUGCAUAGGUCGUUUCUUAUUAUUUUUUUCAUCUCGGAUAUUUCGCGUGAGAAGGGAUCGGCGUCGAUCAUCCACACCGUUGCUUAAGUUCCUGCCACUGAAAGUACGUAACGUACUUAGGUACACACGUGCUCGCGAAACGAUGCGCAUAUAUACAAUAGAUUGCAGUGCGAUGGACCGAGUGAUCGGUGUAUCGUGAAGGCCGUGUGCGCAUUAGCUGUUACUCCACUCGUAGGAUCGGGGUCGUUGUAAAGAGAUAACAGACGACGCGACGGCAGGGUCCACGUGCUUCGACCUGGCAAUAGGGAAAAUUAUUUACCACAGAGCACGAUUUAUGUGCAUAAUUUGUAUCCCUCCACUACAGUUGUACAUCUUUCUGUAUCUUUCUUGAAUAAACCGAAAUAAAUUCUUUUAAUUCCUUCAGCCAAA